CCAUCAUCUCCUACAACAAGCAAGGAUGGCGGGCAUCAAUCCAGGCGAUGCAAAGUUAACAUUCGAGAGUAGUGAAGAGGUAAAAGUUGCACCCACAUUCGAAGCUCUUGGAUUGAAGGAAGAACUCUUGAGAGGUGUAUACGCCUAUAAUUUCGAACGACCAUCUGCGAUUCAACAAAGAGCAAUCUUACCAAUCAUACGAGGACGGGAUGUGAUCGCUCAAGCACAAUCAGGAACAGGUAAAACUGCAACCUUCUCCAUUUCAGCUUUGCAAAAUACUGAUACGACAUUACGAGAAACACAAGUGUUGGUACUAAGCCCAACGAGAGAGUUGGCAACACAAAUUCAAAGUGUCAUUUUGGCAUUAGGUGAUUAUAUGAACAUUCAAUGUCACGCAUGCAUCGGAGGUACAUCAGUCGGGGAGGAUAUCAGAAAGUUAGAGUAUGGACAGCACAUCGUUUCAGGCACGCCAGGUAGAGUGUUCGAUAUGAUCAAACGUCGUCACUUACGAACGAAGAAUAUCAAAAUGCUCAUUAUGGACGAGAGUGACGAGCUGCUGAAUAUGGGAUUCAAAGAUCAGAUUUAUGACAUUUAUCGAUAUCUACCACCCGCCACACAAGUAGUUCUCCUAUCUGCAACACUACCGCAUGAUGUUCUUGAAAUGACGACAAAGUUCAUGACCGAUCCCGUUCGUAUUUUGGUCAAACGUGAUGAAUUGACAUUAGAAGGAAUCAAGCAAUUCUUUGUUUCUGUCGAAAAGGAGGAUUGGAAAUUUGAUACCCUUUGCGAUCUUUACGAUAGCUUAACAAUCACUCAAGCUGUUAUCUUUUGUAACACACGUAGAAAAGUGGAUUGGCUAACCGAAAAGAUGAGAGAGGCAAACUUUCAAGUUAGUUCAAUGCACGGAGAAAUGCAACAAAAAGAACGUGAUGCGAUCAUGAACGAAUUCCGUCAAGGUAGCAGUCGUGUAUUGAUUACGACUGAUGUUUGGGCUCGUGGGAUUGAUGUUGCAGGCGUGAGCUUGUGUAUAAAUUAUGAUUUACCAAGCAAUCGUGAAAACUACAUUCAUCGAAUCGGCAGAACGGGUAGAUUUGGUCGUAAAGGUGUUGCAAUCAAUUUUGUCACGAUUGAAGAUGUUCGAAUUUUGCGGGAUAUCGAACAAUAUUAUGCCACCCAAAUUGAUGAGAUGCCUGUUCGGGUUGAGGAUCUCUUGUAAAGUAGAAACGAAAGUAGAAAAAUGUAUAAUAUAUCCUUUGAGCACCUUUUAAUUCAUUG